UUAGUGCAGGUAUGAAUACAAGCAAGAGUGAAACAGUGAAAGACCAUCCAUUAAAACCUUCUAGAAGAUCUAUGCCAUGCCUGGUCCAGAGCCAAACACAUCCUCAGAGCCUGAGCAAGCAUUCCUCAUUCCUGCAGCCAAACCGUGUCCAGCCACAGCCUCUCAGUGCAGGGACAUCGACAGCGACGGUGGAUGUGGUGUCAGAACGAGCUAAAGUGGUGGAGACUUUGGAAAACAACUUGCUUAAGUUGUCUAAUACAGAAUAUGGUGAUCCAUUUUUAG